GCGGGGCUGUGCGGGCGGAGUCUGGAGCGGGGACCCGGAGGCGACCCGGAGCCCGCGGGCCAGGCCCGAGGAGCUGGGCGGCGGCGGCGGUGGGGUCGGGCCCGGCCCGUCGGCAUCGCGGCGCCCGGCCGAGGCGCGCGGGGCGGUGAGGCCCCGGCAGGGACGUUCUCCUGAGUUCCAGACGUCUCUAAACGUCCCCCAGGACCUAGUUCACCGCCUAGGCGUGUGCCCACUCCCCUCGGAGCUGCCUGUGCCGUCUGGUGCCGCGGUUCGAUGAGCCCGCAGGGGUCGCCCUGCUCCUCGGUGACAGCGGAAGAGACUGGGCCUGAGAAGGGCGGGACUUGCCCGGGUGUCCGCCUGUGGGUGGGAUCGUGAACAGGACUCAGGCUCCCAGGCCAAGUGUUGUGCCCACUGUACCCCGGUUUUCUUAAGAGAGUCCGCUGUUAACAACCUGCACACUUCUCCAAGAGCAGCAGAAAAUGCGUGAGUCCCAGGAGCCAGUGUCAUUCAGGGACGUGGCCGUGGACUUCACCCAGGAGGAGUGGCAGCAGCUGGGCCCGGAGCAGAAGACCACCUACAGGGACGUGAUGCUGGAGAACUACAGCCACCUCGUCUCCGUGGGGUACGACAGCACCAAGCCCAGUGUGAUCGCCAGGUUGGAGCAGGGAGAGGAGCCGUGGGUGGCAGAAGGUGGCUCUCCGUGCCAGGGCUGCCCAGAAAAAAUCAAGAAAGUUGGUGAUGUAUUAGAAAGAAUCCAAGAAAAUGAAGAUGAACGUUCAAGGCAAACUUACUAUAUCAGUAGUAAAACCUUAAUUGAAGAGAGAGAGAAUACAUUUGAUAAAACUUAUAACACAGAAGCAAACUUUGUUCCUUCAAGCAUAUCUCAUAGUUGUGUCUCUUGUGGAAAAAAUAUAGAAUCUAGUUCAGAAUUAAUUAUUAGUGAUGGAAGCUAUGCAAGAAAGAAGUCUGAUGAGUGUAGUGAAUGUGGGAAAACACACCAUGGAGAGAAACCUUAUGAAUUUAAUCAAAAUGGGGAAGGCUUUUCUCAAAAUGAAGAAAGUAUUCUUCAGAAAGUUAAUAUUUUAGAGAAACCCUUUGAGUAUAAUGAAUGCAUGGAAGCCUUAGACAAUGAAACUCAUAAGAGAGCUUAUAUCGGGGAGAAGCCCUGUGAGUGGAGUGAUUCUGGACCAGACUUUCUCCAGAUGUCAAAUUUUAAUAUGUACCAGAGAUCACAGAUGGAACUGAAGCCCUUUGAAUGCAGUGAAUGUGGGAAAUCCUUCUGUAAAAAGUCAAAAUUCAUCAUACAUCAGAGGGCUCACACAGGAGAGAAACCUUAUGCAUGUAAUGUAUGUGGCAAAUCCUUCAGCCAAAAGGGAACCCUCACUGUACAUCGGAGAUCACACUUAGAGGAGAAACCCUACAAAUGUAACGAAUGUGGGAAAACCUUCUGUCAGAAGUUACAUCUCACUCAACAUUUGAGAACUCAUUCAGGAGAAAAACCCUAUGAAUGUAGUGAAUGUGGCAAAACCUUCUGCCAAAAGACGCAUCUCACCCUCCACCAGAGAAAUCAUUCAGGGGAGAGACCCUAUCCGUGCAAUGAGUGUGGGAAAUCCUUCUCCCGCAAGUCAGCCCUCAGUGACCAUCAGAGAACACACACAGGAGAGAAACUCUAUAAAUGUAAUGAAUGUGGGAAGUCCUACUACCGAAAAUCUACCCUUAUUACACAUCAGAGAACACACACAGGAGAGAAACCUUAUCAAUGUAGUGAAUGUGGAAAAUUCUUUUCUCGAGUGUCAUACCUCACUAUACAUUAUAGAAGCCAUUUAGAAGAGAAACCCUAUGAGUGUAAUGAGUGUGGCAAAACCUUCAAUUUGAAUUCAGCCUUCAUUAGACAUUGGAAAGUACACACGGAUGAGAAACCCCUUGAAUGUAGUGAAUGUGGAAAGUGUUCUCAGUUCUCAUAUCUUAAUGACCAUCAUACAACUCCUUUAGGAGAGAAACCCUAUCAAUGUAAUGAAUGUGGGAGAACUUUCCUUGAAAAUUCAGCCUUUGACGGACACCAGUCAAUUCCAGAAGGAGAGAAAUCCUAUGAAUGUAAUAUAUGUGGGAAAUUGUUCUCUGAUUUGUCAUACUACACUGUACAUUAUAGAAGUCAUUCAGAAGAGAAGCCCUACGGAUGUAGCGAAUGUGGGAAAACCUUCUCCCAUAAUUCUUCCCUCUUUAGACACCAGAGAGUACACACAGGAGAGAAGCCCUAUGAGUGUUAUGAAUGUGGAAAGUUCUUUUCUCAGAAGUCGUAUCUCACCAUACAUCAUAGAAUUCAUUCAGGAGAGAAGCCUUACGAAUGUAGCAAAUGUGGAAAAGUCUUCUCUCGGAUGUCAAACCUCACUGUACAUUAUAGAAGCCAUUCAGGAGAGAAGCCCUAUGAGUGUAAUGAAUGUGGAAAAGUCUUUUCCCAGAAGUCGUACCUCACUGUGCAUUACAGAACUCAUUCAGGAGAGAAGCCCUAUGAAUGUAGUGAAUGUGGGAAAAAAUUCCACCACAGAUCAGCCUUCAACAGCCACCAGAGAAUCCAUAGGCGGGGGAAUGUGAAUGUGCUCAAUGAGGGAAAUCUCCUGUGAAAGUCAGACCUCGUUUUAGAAAAACCCUCUGAAUAAUGAUUUGGAGUCAGAUAUCAUGAUCUGAGAGUUCAUAUGUUUGAAUGGGGAAAAACAUUCAGACAUUAGGUUCAUUUUCAUCUGACUUUUCACAGAGGAGAGUCUGUAAGAAGGCAACAGGAAAAAAAUGCCUUCAGAACAUGCUACAACUCAUUGGACACUAGAUAAUUUAUACAGGAGUCAAUUUUAUAAAUAUUUAAUAUUUAUUUUGGAUUAAAGUUGUAUUUAUAUAUCAGGGAGUCAUACCAAGGCAAAAUCUGUCAAAAUUGAUAAAUGUGGAAAAAUAUUUUGUCUUGGAAAUUGUUAUACCAAAAGCCAUAUUUCUGAUGUAAAAUCACAUGUUUAUAGGAAAGAAAUCAGAAGCUAUCACCUCUAAACCUUUAUUGUAUAAAAUGAAGUUUUUAAACCAUCAGGACUUGAUAAUAAGGUCAGUAGCAUUAAAUACUUAUAUGGAAGUUUCUAUCAUGUUUUAAAAAUGCAAUCUAAUCUAUGCAAGUUUGGAUUUGAAUAAUUUAUGAAAAGGCAGUAUUCUUAUUUGAGUAUUAAAAUGGCAAAAUGUUGGUGAGAUGUUUGACAGCUAAAGAAUAGUUAAGUGCAUAAGUUUCUAUUCUUUUGAUGCACUUAUAAAUGGGUUUUUAAUAAAUGCCUCAUCAAUAGUGAUUUUUGUAUUUUUCAACUACAUUUGAGCAAAAAAAGGUUUUAAAACAUACUAUUUUCAUAAACAAUAGUUAAGGACAACUCUGCUGCUCUUACUGUAUAAAAUACGCCCAGCGCUCAUCCCACUCCUGUUUUUAACCCAUACGUUUGAUUGUGCAGUGCCAGUAUUAUGUAAUUCAGAAAUCUUAUCUAUACUUUUAUUUGAUAUGAACACAGUGUCAUUAUUUUGUGCACUGCCCUUAUUUCCAGUAUUUUGGAAAAAUUAAUACAAUUUCUAGCAGACUUUUUUUUUAUUAACUCGUCCUUGCUCUUCUCUUGCCUUGAUGUACGAGGUUGGUGUCUGUCAUUUCUUAACAUGACUCAGAAGGUAAGUCCUGAUUAGUCUAAACCAGCCGUGGGCAAACUACGGCCCGUUUGAAAUGAAUAAAACUAAAAAAAAAAAAAAAAAAAAAAAAGACCGUACCCUUUUAUGUAAUGAUGUUUACUUUGAAUUUAUAUUAGUUCACACAAACACUCCAUCCAUGCUUUUGUUCCGGCCCUCCGGUCCAGUUUAAGAACCCAUUGUGGCCCUCGAGUCAAAAAGUUUGCCCACCCUGGUCUAAACCAAUCGUGAUAAUCCAUUUUGAUUGCCUGUAGCUCUUUCAUAGUGGUUGUAUGACCCCGUGCUGGGCAGACAGAGUGAUCAGAUGUGUCUUACUCCAAGAAGGGGAGGGUUUAAUAAUCAAAAAUCAGUAACCGUGACACCACAUGAAGGAAAGUAAUCUAGCAGGCAGGAAACAAAUGUGGUGACAUUGCCAUUCACCUGUGUUCUUAGCAAACUGGGUAGAAAGGAGCUUCUUUAGUGGGAUACAGAGUAUCCUACACUUUGGUCAGCAACAUGCUUAGUGGUGAAAUAUUGAAAGUUUUUUCCCAAGAUAACAAAGACAGGAUAUCUACUAUCACUAAUUUUAUUCAGUAUUAGUGACCUGGUGCACUGAUUCAUGCACAUUGAAAUUAAUUAGAAGGUGGUUGAGACAGGCCAGACACACCCUGGAGCCAACCUCCUGUGGUUCCUCCUGACAUCUGCAGAGUGAGCAGGGUCCCUCAAGCAGGUGGGGUCCCUCAGCCUGGCCUGCAGGGAUCUGGCUGAAACCGGCUCUCCGACAUCCCCCGAGGGGUCCCAGAGUGUGAGAGCACUCUGCAAAGUUGCUGUCGUACAUGGUGUGGAACGCAAACACAAGUGUGCAGUAAACCAGAUUCAGGGACAACAGUGCCCCAGCAAAAGCAUAACCCACGGCCGAAGGAGGAAUCGCGUGGCCCCCAGAGGAAUUGGGCUCCCCCUCUCUGGUUUCAGGGUGUGUCACCUGAGAACCGCUACUGCCAAGUCACUGCAGCUCGGCAGUUCCUGUGUUGAGCAUCUGCCCCCCGGUGGUCAGUGUGCAUCAUAGCAACCGGUCGGAUGGGUGGAGGGACACUUAGCAUAUUAGCCUUUUAUAUAUAGGUAAUUGGGCAGAAAGACCUAGCCAAGAAAGUGAAUGAAGUGAAACUUCUAUUGCAAAUGAUGAUUUUCUAUGUAGAAAAGUCUGAGGAUUAUACAGAUAAUUAGAAUUAAUGAGUAAAGUCAGCACGGUCCCUGCAUACAAAUUCAUUAUGAAAAAUUGCUUUAAUAUACCAGCAGUAAACAUAGAAAAUGAAAAAUUUGGAAGCAAUUCCACUUACAGUAGCAUCAAAAAUCCUCAAGUGCCUAGGGGAAAGCUUACCUCACCAUGCUUUCAAGGUAAAAACAAAAACAGCUGCAAAACAGAGAGACAUACCUGGUUCAUGAGUUCCAGGACAGUUCCUUCAUGUGGUCCUCCCAUCCACCCCCUGAAAUAGUGAAAAGCAUGGGAAAACAUCACGUGUGGGCAAGAAUGGAAGGAACAGGAAUCCAUGCUGCCGCUGGCGUUGCCCAUUGCUAGGACCAUUUUGGAAAGCCAGCACUUCAAGCGAGUGCUUUUCCCAAACCUAGCAGAAACGUCGGGAUGUCCGCCAAGGGACAGGGACUGGAAUGUUCGUGGUGUAGAACGCAAAACCCAGAGCUCCCUGAAGGCAUAUGUGCAGUAGGUGAGUGAACCUCAGUGGUGUAUUUCCACUCAGAAUGCUGUAAAGCAGAGAAUUAACAUACCAUGAGGCAGCUUAGUUUCACAAAUACGGUCAAAUGACAGAGUCCAUACAAAAGCGAUCAUCGUGUGUGACUCCUGGUUACAAUAGGAGCAGGCAAACUGGUCUAUGCACUUAGCAGGAGACCUUUUGGCCUGGGCACAGGCUGGGGGGCGGGGUUCCCUGGUGAUGUGCGUUCUAUUUGAAAUGUGGGUGCUGAAUAGCCCAGCGUUGUGUGCACGCGGGACUUGUGUGUUGUGUGUCUGCAUGUGUGUAGACUUCCAUAAAAAGUUUUAAAAUCCCAGAUGUCUACCAUUUCUGUUGCUCAGCACUCUUGCCAUAUUUUUCUAGAUGAGUAUGAAUAUGCUGCAGAACAGGAAGUACAUGGUAGAUUUUGCAUAAUUCCGUGCAGGAAAUACUCUGUAUAGUAGUUUCCAUGGCAACUGCUAAAAUUUCCUUCACUGUGACCAUAAAGCUUAAUUACUAUAAUGUAUAUUUUAAGUAAAAUAUUUGAAAGGUGACAGGUCAUUACAUAUUUUGUCAUCCUGCCCUUUUCAUAUAUGAGUGGGUCUGAACUGCCUCUUCAAUAAAAAAAAACUAAUGUGUGUAAACGUUU